UAGACACAGACGCAGGAUCACACGAAAAACAGUCUGCUUUAUCCCGAUGACCAACACCGUUCCUCACUUAGCGGAUUGAGUGUUUAUUAGCUUUAUAUAUACUGAAGUGGUAAAAAACAGCAGCGUUUCGUGGGCACUGAUUUUGCGCAACUGUUUCCCUAAUCUUGCGCCAGAUUUGUCGUGGAAUAAAAGAUGAUUCUCGACGUGCUUUGCUUCCGUGACAUGAUUUGGAUUGCACCUUGCUUUUUGGUGGGAAACCAGCACUGAACGCACUACGACGUUUUUGGACAACUUUGGUGCCAGUGGACACGGGCAGUCGCUGAAGUCUUUAACUGCCUCGGGAUUGUUGCUGUCGGACCGAUGGCUCUGAGCAGGAUGGACAUCAUCGGGCUCUACUUGUUCCAGCUGGCAAUUUUGGGGCUCCCACGGUUGGUGUUGGGUGGCAGGUGGGACUGUCUGACAGCGGGGGAUUCGUGCUCCAGUGAUGAGGCGUGCAGCCCGCGCUUGAGAACUCUGCGGCAGUGCGUCGCCGGCGGGGGGACUGUGAAGCUGCGACCAGGGGCCCGUAACCACUGUGAGAACGCAGUGACGGCCCUCCUCUCCAGCCCCCUGCAUCGUUGCCAAUGCAAACGGGGCAUGAAGAGAGAAAAGAACUGCCUUAGCAUAUAUUGGAGCCUAAAGCAGUCCGUAUUGCACGGGUUGAGCCUGGUGGAGAAUUACCCCUAUGAGCCUGUUGAGCGAGGCUUUGAUUACGUUCGCCUGGCCUCCAUUGCUGCAGAGUCUGAGGUGGGCAUGACAACCGUCAACCGUUGUUUGGACGCCGCCAAGGCCUGCAACGUCGACGAGACCUGUCAGAAGCUACGAACGGAGUACGUGUCGGCGUGCAUCUCCCCUUCAGCUCGAGCUGCACCCUGCAACCGCGCACGUUGCAACAAAGCGCUGAGGAAAUUCUUCGACCGCGUGCCGCCAGAUUAUACGCACGAGCUGCUCUUCUGUCCGUGUUCUGACACCGCAUGCGCAGAGCGACGGCGCCAGACCAUUGUUCCCUCGUGCUCGUAUGAGGAACGGGAAAAACCGAAUUGCCUGGCUCAGCUGCGGGUCUGCGAAGACGACUACGUGUGCAAGUCUCGGUGGGCUCAGUUCCAGCAUGACUGCCAACCCUCAGAGCUUACAGCCAGCAGCUGCCAGCAAGAAAAUUAUGGAGCCUGCCUUGUUGCAUACACCGGCCUGAUAGGCAGCAUUAUCACUCCGAACUACUUAGACAACUCAACGUCUAACGUAGGGCCAUGGUGCUCUUGUGCGGCUAGUGGGAAUUUACGAGAUCAGUGCAGCCACUUCCUCAGCCAUUUUCAUGACAACACUUGUUUGAAGAAUGCCAUCCUGGCCUUUGGGAAUGACACAGUCCUGAAGUCUGCAACCAAUCAAGCUCCGGGUUCUAACACCAACACCUACAAUCAGAUCUUAGUUAGCACCGAGGUUACCACCACCACCAUUGGUGCUGCAAUGGAGACCGAGCAGAGCAUCCUCCGUCCACAGAUACCCACACAGGUACCUGUACAUUUUACCAAGAUGAACGAGAAAGACAGACUGUGGGGCGACUCCACACUCCCCUCCCCUGAUCUCUAUGACAACAGUCCUGCAGCAGCCCACCUGGCCAUGUUAGCGUGGCUCCUCCCCUUCCUGUUGCUGGCUCUUCAACUUUAAAAAAAAGACAGCCAAACAAAACACCAUGAACUGGGACGGUGUUUGUGUGUGUGAGUGUGUGUGAUCAUGAGUUUUAACAUUCGCCAACCCGUCAGGAAAACUUUGGAGAGAACGCAGGAACUUCUAUAAAGAUAUGAAACCCUACUCCAUUCCUCAAUGCAAUUUAGUGAUUCAUUUUCUGGAUAUACACAAUGACUGAAUUCAAACGGUUUAAAUAAUUGUGCGUGAGUGUGUGUCACUCAAACUAUUUUGGACUAAAAUGGUCCCCGUUUAAGAUAAAGUCCCCUUUAUUCAAAGAAAGAGACUGAAAUGCGUGCGCCAUGCGGCUGAGUCAUAUGCUACACUCUUAAAAAAAUCCACCUGUUCAUCAUCCAUAUUUUAGGAUCUGUUUUCUCCAGCUCUUUCGAGCAGAUGACAUUGGUACGUGUGCUGUAUAUUCACAGACGCUGAAGAGUGUUUUUAAAAGUCUGCUCGAAGUAAAACGAAGAGAGAAAGUGGUAAAAGAAAGCGAACAGUAAGAGCUCAUUCUUAUCAGACUGGGUCUCAAUGGGUUAGAGAUGGUCUUUAUUUUUGUAAAUGUGGUUGAAUUGUUCCAAUGCACAUACUACAGACUGAUUCUCCCUUUCUCAAGCAGGAGCGGGUUGUACUUCUGAAGUAAAAUGUUAUGUAAAGGCACAAAUAUGAAAAGCGACGAGUGUGAGUUAAAAGAUCUUCUUGAAUGGUCACAUUGUAGGCUUUUUCAGAUGGUCUUUGAGCACUUCUUGUGGAGAGGGUUGUCUAAAAUUCUGUAUCAAACGUCUUAUUGCAAAGCACAAAGCACUUCCUGUUCAUGUGAAUCCAAGCAGCUUUACAUUCCUAAUAGCCAAUCAGAAUGAGCACAUUUGAGAAGAAUAACAGCACAGUAUUCCACCUCCCCUCCAUCUCAUGAGCACUUGGCAUCUGAACUGUUUUGUUGCUUUUUGUUCUUGAUUGUCUUGUGAUGACAGUGAAUGAGAAGUAAAUGCUUCGACCCCCAAGAGACCCUACAGAGACUAUUGACCAAUCAGCUUCUAUCGUCAGAAAAAAGGGGCAUGGCGUGUCUGUUAAACGGGUGGAAUUUGUGCAUUUUUCUUGUUAUUUCCUGAAAAAUAAAGCUGCCAGAUACGGAUAUACAGAAUAAAGUUUGUGAGUCC